AUGGUAUCUUUAAUUAGUGGGUUAUUACUCAUCGGAGUAGGAACAGUCAUACUUAAACCACAAGAAAUUCCUAAAUAUGCAAGAAUAUUCGGAAGGUUUUGUGGCAAGAGUUUAAAGAUGAUCAUGGAAGCGAAAGCAUCCCUAUCAAAAUCACAAGAUUCAGAAGUAUUACGAAUGAAAAAGGAAUUUGAUUUCAUGAUGAGUGAAGUUGCAACCGUACGAAGCGAAUUGAGAAAAGGCUUUAACAUGAGAGGAAUUACAGCUGGAAUGAAUACCAAUCAACAACAAGAUGUUGCUCAACAACAACAACAACAAGGAGGUAUUAAUACUCCUACGAAUGACAUUACUUCACAACCUUUCAUGACGAAUGAAAGCAACAACAAUAAUGUUCAAAAUAAUGCACAGUUUCAACAAAUGCCAGUUUCUUCAUUUUCUCAUGUAACUCCACAAAUGGCUCAGAAUCAUUUGAUGGACACAACAACACAUGUGAACAUGCAAUAUCCUCAGAUGCACCCUCAACCACAAUUUACCAUGCCUCAGUCCACUCUAAGUACUCCUCAUAACCUAAAUCAAGCCACCAGCAGUACUAGCUCCUUCAUCACAGCUCAAUUGCACAAUCCUUUUGUACAUAUCACAAAUAAGAAAAUGAUGAGAGAGCCCUCCUUUUCAACAGCCUUUGCAGAAUUGCAACAAUUAGAGCGAGACAGCAUGAUCAAAGAUCCAUCACUUCAAUACUUUCAUGUAGAUCCGUCAAGAGUGAACUCAUUCGAUUACGAUUCAUAUCCAUUGCCAUUGAGCAAAACACAACCCAAUCUUAAAGAAUCUCCAUUUUGCGUUGUUGAAUUUGGUCAUCAACCUAUGGAAGGUCUGUAUGAUGAGACAAGUGUUGGAAUCCGAACGGAAGUCAUGGGUGGAGGUGCUGACUUGGUUUCCAUCAACGUUCUGGAAAGUCUUGUCGCAAAUAAAAGAUAA